AUGCUGUCUCGAGCCGCAGUGCGUCUACCGUUGCGCCGCCGAGGCUAUUAUGCGACCGCACACUGCCGCCGAGGCUACGCGACAGCGGUAGAGGUGUGGAGGGAGGUCAACAGCCUCGCCGCUCAGCCAGGAAUGAUCAACAUGGGCCAGGGGUUCCCGGACUUUGCCGGCUCGCUGACGGCCCGGCAGGCGGCGGCGGAGGCGCUCCUGGUAGGCUCCGCCGCCGCGAACCAGUACAGCGCUCCCGCCGGCCUUUCGGAGCUGCGCGAGGAGGUGAGCCGCCUGUACGCCCGCCUCUACCCUGGCGAUGCCUACGACCCAGCGUCCGAGGUGGUGAUCUGCACGAGCGGGCAGGAGAGCCUCAACGCGGCGCUGCGCGCCUGCGUGAGCGAGCAGGUGUCGCGCGGAGGCCGCGACGGAGUGAUCGUCUUCGAGCCGUACUUCCCGUUCACGCAAGGCGCUCUCGACAACGCACCGGCCGUGAUGCAGCCCGUGCGAACUCACGCACCUGGCUUCGCGAUCGACGCCGCCGCGCUGCGCGCCGCCGUCACGCCCAGAACAGGCGCUCGUACCGUCCUGCUCAACUCGCCGCACAACCCGACCGGCCACAUGGCGUCGGAGGCGGAGCUGGCGGCGGUCGCGGAGGUGUGCGUCGAGCACGACUUGCUGGCGGUCUCGGACGAGGUGUACGAGCACGCAGUGUUUGGAGAGGGGCAUGCGCGGGAGGACCAUCACGGCAAGCUCUUCUCCCUGACGGGCUGGCGGGUGGCGUGGGCGCUGGCGCCGGCGCGCCUCGCCACCGCGGUCGCAUCAGCACACACGAACCUCACCUACUCCGCACCCACGCCGCUGCAAGCCGGCAUCGCUGCCGCACUGCGAGAGGAGGAUGGCUCUUUCGGCGGCGCGCUGCGAGAGCACCGAGGCCUGACUGUGUGCGACGCACAGGGAGGCUACUUCCUGGUGGCGGACGCGGGCGCGCCCGGCAUUGGCUCGGUUUCACGCUACUCAGUGAUGUGCUCACACUUCCCUCUGUUUCCAGGCGUGCCCGACAUUGACUUUGUGCGCUCGCUCGCCGCGGAGUGCGGCGUCGUCUGCACGCCAAUGAGCGUCUUCUACGCGGACCAGGAGCAGUCGGAGUCGUGCACGCUGGUUCGCUUCACGAUCUGCAAGUCGCGCGAGCACAUCCAGCGGGCGUGCGCGGCGCUGGCGGGCCGCCGGGGGAGGAGGGAGCGUGUAGCUGGUACAUGA